AUGGAUUCUCCGGAGUCCAAGGCCAUCUGCACAGCCUGCGAAACAGACCAUUCUUCCCAAGUAGGUUCUCCUGGAACACCCUGCUUCAGAAGAAUCCAGUUAAAAUCCAACUCGUUGGUUGCCUGUGUGAAAUAUCUACCAUCAGUUGCCAGAGCAGAAAGACCUUCUGGAGUGGCGUUCAUACAAGUCACGUCGCGUGUCACGACGGCAACACCAGCUGAGCCUCCAAAUCCACUUAUGAAAGCUCUCCGUUGA